UCUUUAUGUUUUUAUAUCUGAUAUACUGAUGCUAAUGGAUUAGUGUCCAUUAUGUUAUUGAUUCGUCAGUAUUAUUUUUAUAGAACACGCUGGCGGUAUUGAGUGCAAUACGUGGUCAGACGGUUGACCGCCGUCAUUUUGAUGGUCGUUUAGACCAUGGUUUUGUACCGCAGCCUGAACAUCGUGUUGACUACACAUCGGUUCGUCGGUACAAUGUUGACUUUUGUCCUAUAUACUCCUCUCCUGAGGGUAUUGUACAGCCUGGUGGGAGUAACUUGAAGUUGUAUGUUGUAUCUCGUCGUAACAGUCUUCCUGGAUUUCAGUCAUAUUUACCCUUUGAUGUAUUCACUCAACUCAAUCAUUCCCAUGGCGUUCAAGAACUGAGUCCCGGAGGUCAACGUGAUAUAUUUGACUGUGGCAUAUCGAGCAGUGAUGAUGGUACUGAAUUUGGUGGCAGUCCAUAUUUAACACCGAAAUCGGUAGGCAAGCGCCUUGAUUCUACUCGAAGUUCAAUUCAACGCGAAGUAGUUUCACCAAAUGUACAAUACACGCCUGUAGCGUCAGUUUCUGCUACCCGUGGAUUCCAUGAGGGAACAGUCGAUGCUCCUAAUGUUGGUCUUAGCUCCACUGUGGUUCCAGAGGUAGUUGUCUCCUCUGGAAAUGCGAUUAUUGCUCCACAACAAAGUCGUAAGAAAACUAUUUCAGGCCGCCAUGCGAUAGAGCAUCUAUCGCCUACAGGUUAUUCACCAUUUGCUUCUUUUGGUAAUAUAUAUGCAAAUGGUCUCAAGGAACAAACAGGCGCGGAUAUACCCGCUGCGCCUGAUCUUCAUAUCGCAAAACCCGAAGUUCUCAAGAAACGUCGUGGUCGUAAACCCAAGGAUGCUGCCAAGCGUGGUAGGAAAAAACAUGUUACCUUGGUUCCCGAUAUGGUUCCUAUUGAUUCGGAGCCGUUGCCAUUACGUAUUGCUGAUGCUUCGGUAUUGGACACCUCUACAGAUUAUGUACACAGCCCUGGUACUAAGGCAGUACCACAUGUUAGCACUGCCAUGAUGCCUUUGCCACCAGCAGUUGGUGAUACCACUUCUAUACAUCGUAUUAGUGAUCACGUUGAUUUGCGUCGUUUGAGCAACGGCAACAUUUCAUUGGAUAUUGGUGGCCAUACAGGCGCUGAAUCGAUUGACAAUCGCAGUGAUGCCAAUGUCCAGACGAAUGCUAUCGAUGCUGGCCGACUAUCGCUAGCAGUUGGCAGUGACGCCAUUGAUAUGGGCGAGUAUGCUACUCUAGAGGACCAUGUACGCCGUGGUAGUUUAGGCGGGCCGAAUAAACGACCGCGUCAGCGUGUUGCCAAGGACUCAAUUAGCAGUGCUAUGUUAUUGAACAGUUGGUACAUAUCGUAUGUAAACAAGGGCGACAAAAAGCGUGCUCGAAGGGCUGCUGUAGAGGAUGCUGUGGUUUCUGAUGAUCGUCCCCGUCGGUAUCCAACUCGUAAUCGUUUACCUCCAAUUCAACAUUGGAAUUCAAACUUCCAUGAGGAUGGUUCUUCUGUAUUAUUCCUUGUUGGUGUGACAUCAUCUGACGACACCAAGUUGAAUCAAUCGUUGGCUCCGUCAGAUUUAUUAUCCGACGAUGGUAACAGCCCGGUAGGGUCACCGGUGGCAUCGCGUAUGCAGCCUCGGAAGAUCCCUGAUGCUUCCCUGGUAUUGAGUGACUCCGGUGGUACUAUGGACGUCCAUUUGGUCGAAUCAAGUGCUGAAAGAUACCUGCCUAUAACAAAUCACGUUUCAGGUCGGGAGGAUAUCGCCAUAUUACCCCUAAAUUCACGUGGUGAGCGCACUCGAGAACCGAGAUCUGAUAUUGACUUACGUGCCAUUGAAGACGUUCGCACUGGGAAGUCCAUCCCUAAGAGCGUACGCAAACCAGCUAAACGCGUGGAGGGCACUAGGAAAUCUACUGCUGGGCGUAAGAAGGAGCGUAGGGAGAUGACCGUUGGUGAGGCGUGGGACAUAUUGUUGACUGAGGACCACGUGACAUCUGAUGACAUAUCUGAGAUACAAGAGAGACCCAAGGUAGCUAAAAGAGGUCGCCCCAAAGCUAGUACCGUAUCCACGGCUUCUUUAACUAUGACUGAAAAAGGUCCCACCCAAUCGGCAUCACAACCUCGUGGCAAUCUAGAACCCGAUUCAGAGGCGUUUGAUCGUGGUCGUCUAUUCAGUUACAACUCUUUGUUCAGGAUUGACCGGGCACCAAUCCAUGCUCACCACGGUUCGUUAUUCCAACCUCUUGUGAUGAACAAGCGUUGUCGCACUUCUCAUGUAGUUAUUCCCAAGGGCAAAAACGUGCAAAUGGGCAAUGUCAAGGGCAAUUUCAUUACUGGGUACCUCUAUACUGGCGAUCGUGUAUGCAUUCGAAGCUUGGGUACGCAUUGGCCUGUGGAACCAGGUCGUGCAUUUUUCCUUCCUAUAUAUGAAGAGUGGGCUUUAUACAACGAAAGCGAUACCCACGAUGCCGUUUUGGCAUUGAUAUUUGUCACUAUACAGUAGCUAACCCGGCCUCCUAGCCUUUUAUUAAUGGA